CCGGCUGUCAAAGAUGGCCCCCUCCUACUGGGUGUGAGAGGACCGACAGCUGACAAAGGAAACAAAUCUGUCCAGAAAGGACGGCACCGAUUCAUAGCAAUUCACUGCACACGUCCGCUCAGACAACGCAGCGCUUGUAUGCAAAGGAAAGUUACCUUCCAAAUUAUGAAGCCUGUGAGAGAGAGGAAGUGACAGAAGAAGGCCUUCUUUGCUGCACACCAUCUGUUCAGAUCAACCCUCCUCCCUCUUUGUGAGCACCCACCCUGCAGCCAUGCAAAUCAACCCGGUGCACGUGGAGUCCACUGUAGUUUUGGCAGUGGUACUAUGUGUCCACAUGGCGGUCUGGAACCAGCACUCCUGGUGCAGCAUAGCCCUGGUGAUACAGGCUUUCUAUGUGCAGCAUAAAUGGGACCGUCUGCUCAGGUCUGGGGGUGCUGUGUUCCAGUUUCGCCCUUCAGCGAACAGCGGCAUCGUUCCGGCCUCUAUGGUGAUGCCUUUGUUGGGCCUGGUACUGAGAGAAAAGUGCUCUGCCUCAGGGAAUGUCUACUUUGAGCGCUUCUCCAUGGUGGUCACCAUCACAGGCAUGAUGCUAGCCCUGUUCCUCUCCCUGAUUGCACUGGGAAUCACAAGACCUGUUCCCACCAACACUUGUGUAAUUGCAGGGAUGGCCGGCAGCGCAAUUCUCUACACCACAAAGCAGACCCUGACGGUGUCUGAGGUCAUAGAGGUCUUGGAGGUGCUGCUGAUCUUUGUCUAUCUCAGCCUGAUUGUGCUUUAUCUGCUGCCACGCUGCUUCACGCCCGGAGAGGCACUCCUCAUUGUCGGUGGGAUCAGCUUCAUCGUGAACCAGCUAAUCAAGCGCUCCCUGAACCUGGCGGAGGUCAAAGGUGACCCGGUGAACUAUUUCCUCCCGGUGUUAGUGGUGGGCUCGCUGCUGCUGGGCGUUUUCUUUGCCCUGCUCUUUUGUUUCAUGGAGUCUGAGAGCUGGGGGUCAUCGCUCUUCUUUCACAUGAUGACAGCCGUUCUGGGUCUGGGGAUCUUGAUGCCCUGGCUGUCUUUGUUCAUCGGUCGCCACCCCCUCAUGUGGUUGUUGGACUUCAUCACGUUGAAUGACAGGAGACUCUGCCUGCUGGCGUACUGGGUGUUUCUGUCUGUCGUGGCAAGUUGCGUUGUGCUACAUCAGAACUAUCAGCGCCAGUCGGGUUCCAAGAAGCACCAGGCGUCGACCAUCGUCAGGAAGUACUUCCAUCUGAUUGUAGUGGCCACCUACAUUCCAGGGUUGAUCUACGACAGGCAGCUGCUCCACGUGGCAUCUGUGGGUUGCCUGGCGGUUUUCUUGUUCUUGGAGUAUGUGCGUUACUUUCGAAUCAGGCCUUUCGGUCAGCUGCUCAGGCAGUUGCUCACUCUGUUCCUGGACGAGCGGGACUCUGGGCCUCUCAUCCUCACCCACAUUUACCUGCUACUGGGCAUGUCUUUGCCCAUUUGGCUGUUUCCUGGACCCUGUGCCCCUAAGGGAAUACUUCCAGGGGCGGGUGGCCUGGUGCCCUAUGCAGGUGUGCUCGCGGUGGGAGUUGGAGACACUGUGGCCUCUGUGUUUGGCAGUACCAUGGGGGAGAUCCAUUGGCCCGGCACCAAGAAAACCUUAGAGGGGACUGCGACAUCUGUGUUCGCCCAGAUCAUCGCCGUGGCCAUGUUUCUCAUCUUUGACAGCAGCAUCAAUCUGAACACCACCUACUCAUGGAUUGUUGGCUCCAUCACUCUGGUGGCCAUGCUGGAAGCCUACACCUCCCAAAUAGACAACCUGCUGCUUCCACUCUACCUCUUCAUCCUCCUGUUGCUUUGAAUGGACCGAUCAUACAAACAAGCAGAUCCACUGCCUGUUUCUCAGCCAUUUCUGGUGGUGAACUUGGGACAAAAAAAAAGCUGUCUUUCGUAGUCUGUGGAGAUGAUCGGUAGUUAUUUUUGACCAGCACAAUGCGAUUGAAAGCAGUCAGAUUAACCGACCAGGGUAUCGACAAACCUUUACAUGCGACAGUGUUGGCAUGACAGUCUGUUGUCUUUAGAUCAUUUUCAGUAUCCUUUCCAAUGACCAGUGGAACAUUUUAGAUCAAGUCUGAGCCUUGCGACAGAGGUGGCGUAUGUUUUCUCUGCCACCGACACCAACAGCUCCUAAAUUAUGCAACGGGAGACUCAGUUUAGCAAAGUGUGGAGGGGGGAAAAAAAGUGUUUCUUAAAUAGAAAUCCAUUUUUUUUUAUAAUCGGCAAGAAACACUCAAAAUGUCCUGUCGUUUUUAUUUCGUAAACAGAUACAUGCCUUGUAUUGCCUUUCGAAGAACAUAAGUUAACUUUAAAUUAUUGAUAUGUCUUUUAAUCAACUUUCUCACGUCUUUAUUAUUAUGUUUGCCUCCCUGAUGGCAAUAUGAAGAAGUUUCUUCUGAAAAUACUUGCCUUAAGAAGUCUAUUUUCUAUCACACACAACCUACCAUAAUAGAAGCUGUAGACGCUAGCAUGGCAGCCCCUUUUCAACUCUUAUUUAAAGGGCUGAUUUAUACUUAUAUAUGGUAGAAACACACUAUGCUCCUGCAUGAGACUGAUGUGAUAAUGCAGUACUGUAAUGUGUAUGCCGGUUGUCCUACCGCAUAUAUUUUUGUCCGAUAAAUCGACUUUGCUUACCGGUUUGUGGUUUAAUGGGACCCUGCACCCCUUAAAUAUCUACAUUUCCUUGUAAUACUGAGCCUUUAGUGUUUUGGGGGGUUUUUGGACAUUGUAGAUAUGCUUUUGGGCCACACCCAUGCACACAGGCCUUUACGUUUUGGCAACUUUUACAGCAAGAGUUACUUCUAAAUUAUUGUUUUAUGUGCUUUAUAGCAAUAUACUAUAAUUUCUAUUGGGUUUGAUCUCGUCAUUUGUAGAUAAGGAAAUGGAGCUGUUUUCAGUUCAUCUGUAAAAAGUGUUUCUUUUUUUUUGUUUGUUUGUUUUUAAUGUUCUGAUGAUGUUUAUUAGCCUGAUCCUGCUGGUGUGUUUCUUUUUCCAACAUUCUUACAUUCUGAAAGAAAAAUUUAGUAUUGCAUGUUUCAGAACAUCUGAGAACAAACAAAGCUUGUUUUGGGGGUUUUUUUGGGGGGGGGGUGUUGUUAUUGUUUUUGUUUUGUUUUUUUGAGGAUUGAGAUGUAGGACCUAUGUGAGCGACUGUAUUUUAACAACACAAAGAUUAUCCCUUCGCUUUUUCAUUUUGAUUUGUGACACUAACACGAGGAGUUUGAAUGCUGCGUACAUAAAGCUUUGUCUUUUUCAUUUUAAGUUGGGUCUUAAAAUGAACAUACUUGAAAGCAGAGAUGCUCACUGUUGUCUAUAAAUGGAGGAAUUCAUUGUCUUAUUUGGGCACAAAUCAUUUAAAAAGAUCUUGCACAAGAAUAAAGCUGUUGACAAUGCUGAUGAAGAAAUGCUUAAUAAAGGUGGGUGGAAAUGUCAGUUGCACAGUGAAAUCUCCAUGGAGACUUGAUCAAAAAAAAUGUUUAUUUAAAAAAAAAAUUUCAGCCACAAUUUAAAACACUUUUCCAGCAAAUUUAUAAUUAAGUUAGAAAAAAUUAUUAGUCUAAAUGCUGGUUAGUAAGGAACCAGAGAUUGGCCAAGCUUGCGAUUUUUUUUGUGAUAACUUGACAUAAGCAGACUGGCUAAGCAGAUGCACAGACUGAAUUUGUCAAACCGGAAUACUGGCGGAAGAACAGUAUAUUUUCCUAAGGACGAUCAAAUCGGCACAAAAAUGCAAAAAUUUCAAACACAGUAUAUCGGAUGAAAGCAACACUGCUGCAGCCAAUCAGCAGCGUGUGAGACUGAUCGAAAACGCGCUGUACAGUAUGUAAUUU